AUGCACUGCCAAGAGGGCGAGUACCUGGAUGGGAAAUGCAUCCCCUGCAAAAACUGCCUGCCUGGGGAGGAGCUUUCCAAGCAUCCCGGCUGCAACCCCUGCCUGUCCUGCAUCCUCAUCAACCGUGUCCAGAAGUCCAACUGCACGGCGACAACCAACGCGGUCUGUGGGGAGUGUCUGCCGGGGUUUUACCGCAAGGCGCGGAUCAGCGGGCAGCUGGACUGGGAGUGCAUCCCUUGCACCAAGCAGACGCCCUCCUCCGAGCCUCAGUGUCGGUCCAGAACAAACCUGGUGAAGGUAGCUGUCCCAACCGUACCACCGCAGGACACGGCCCUUCUUGCACUGACCAGCAGUGCCCUGGUCAUCAUCGUGCUGGUGCUUCUGGCACUCUCCAUCAUCUACUGCAAGCGGUUUUGGAAGAGGCAGUGCCAGCGAGUCUUCCUGAGGACUCAGAACUUCUCGGGCCAGCAAGCGAUGUUCCCGACUGCGGCGGCGCCUGGCAGAUUCCUGUGUGAGGAGCAGAUGUCUGGUCCCUGCUGCCUGGGUAUGAAGAACCUGAGCCCCUGCUACAGGCAGGCAGAAGGCCCCAUGGAAGCGGUGCAGUUCAUUUCAGACGGGGAAGCCGUGGGUCUCCAGCUCCCCUCUCUCCAGCCGGAGAUGGACGUACCACCGGCCAUCACAGUGGGUGCUGCCUCCAAAGCCCAGCUGGGCAGGAGCCUCCUGGAAAGCCAGCCCCUCAUCCGGGCAUCAGGCCGUGGCAACUCCCUGGCCCCCCUCUCCUCCUGCGCCUCCGAGAUGCAGCACAAGUGGCCGCACACCCCAGUGGAGUGCACCGAGCUGGACCUCCAGAAAUUCUCCACUCAGGCAGAGUUUGUGGGUAGCGAGCGGCUGGGGGUUUUGAGCCGGGCGGCACAGAGGAUCCCGGCAGAGAGUGGUGGCCUGGGGUGGGAGGGGACCCAAGGCCCACCCUCUGCCUUCCCGAAUCCCACUGCCGAGAGUGGGGAGCAGCCGGUGGAUGAUGCCCGGAGCCUUGUGACUCAGAUCAGCAGCACAGCAAAGGGUCUCCCGGUAGCGGAGCUGCCCCAUUCCUUGGUGCAGUCACUUGCCUUCUUGUUGGACCCUUCCUUGAAUGGUGUGAAGAAUUUCAGCCACGUGGCGCUGGAGCUGGGGGUUGCGCCCCAGUUGCUGGGACGGAUAUCUGGAUUUGAGCAGCUCGUCGCUCACUUCACCUACUCUGGAGAGGCCGUCACCGUCCCGCUCCUGGCCCAAGCUCUGCAGCGGCUCCAGCGGUUCGAUGCUUUGCUCCUGCUCUGCGACCGCUUCGCACUCAACCAAGCUCCGGGCCGCCAGCACUAG